AUCACCGCCACCUCCUUUCUCAGUGGGUCAAACUCACUCCUCAAUAAUGACCGGUCCAGUUGGGAUACAAUCAAGACCCGGUAGGAACAUGCCCAGUCAAGCAUUACCCAUCGUCGUUGAGAAUUCCUCUUUGGGAAUGUCCACUUUAGAUACCAAUUCGACGCUCAUUCAAUCAACAAUUACCUCAGGUGAUAGUAGACAGACUCUGAGUUCUAUGGACAGCGCUUCUACUGUCCUCAGUUUGGAAAGUCCUCAUAAACCGAAACUCAAAGGUCAGAUUCAGAGUUUGGCAAAGAUGUUGAGCGGGUUGAAGACGAAAGGAAAGGAUUAAAUGUUGGUUUGGAUCUCGCCGUCAAGUUGAUAUCACUUGGCACGUUAUCGAUGAUCUGAAUCAUGAAGAUAUCCGUCUAUAAAGCAUGCAGCAAGACGGUGGAUGUGGGGUUGACAUGGGAGGGAAAGUCUGCUCAUUCGACCAGUUGCUGGUGGUGGUUUCGUGUGGUCCGGAAGUGGAGGACGGAGUCAUAUCGCGCUAAAGAAGAGAAGAGUGAAUAGUGGAGUGUAGGAUAAGAGGAAUUUGAGAGGUAAACAGGAAUAUCUUACAAGACAUUAAGGGUAGUGGAUGAAGUCUGAUAUGAAUUAGAAGACGACCUAAAGGGUUGUAGAGAUGAAAGAUCUAGGAAGAAGGAAGGGUCACUUGUGAUCAAAUCAAUCAAACUGCAUUAUGCAUGUACAAACUGCCAAAAUUGU